AAUCCAAAAAUUUUCUUCAUUCAGUUGCGGAGUUCGAGUGAGAGAGUGGUAUUUUAUCGGAAAAUUCUUUACAGCAUAAAACAAAAAAAUAAAAAAAGAAAUUUAUUUUAUUUUGGUUUUUUUGUUCAAUCACCAAUUGUUUAAAAAUUCAAUUCAAUUUCAACUCAAAUUGAUAAAAAAGUAUAUUUUGACGACAAACAAGAAAAAAGAAAUGAAUCCAAGUUAAGAACUUGAAUCAGUCAAAAGCUUGUAAAAAAGGAGAAAUAGAAAAAACGUAAAAAAAAUUCUAACAGAAUCUUGGGAAUCUGAAAAUUCUUUAAAUAAGUUUUUUUUUCUCAUUUUUAGUGAAUGUAAAAAAAAAGUUAAAAGUGAUUCCAACCAACAGAAUAAAAGAAUACAAAAAAAAAAAAAAGAAGGAAGCCAAAAAAAUUCUUUCAAGAAAAAAGUGCUUUGUGUUAUUUUGUUUCCCCAUUUUUCUUCGUGUGUUCACUUUACUUCUUCAACAACCUCCUACCAAGCCAAUUGGGGAAAAAAAAAGUAUAUUCAUUUCAUUACAUUUACAAAAAAAAAUUGUACUAAAUUAUAAAUUUGUAUAAAAAUUGUUUAAAUCAAAACAAAAAAAGUGCAACUGUAUUUGUUUGAAAAAGAAAAAUAAACGAAUUUUCUUCUUUGUUCUUUUAAAACAAAACGAGAAAGAAAAAAAAAAUUGUAAUAGAAAAAAAGUUUUGUUUGUUUUACAUGGAAGUGCGUGGGCGUUGGUCAUCUCUUUUACCCCCAUCAGUGCAAUAGGUUAAAACUAAUAGAGUUGUUCGUUUCACUCUCAUACAAAAAUCGAAGCCGCGAGCUCUACAUUUUUUUGUGUUUGUUUGAUUCUCUAUUUUUUUCACUCUCAGUGCAAUCAAAAAAAAAAUUCUCUCGGUGUUAUUUUUUUUUUGUCCUCAUCAAUUUCAUGUUUUGAUGGUUUUUCUGGAAUAAAAUUGCUUGCAUUUUGAGAAAAUUGAAAUCUUGUGUAGUAGAUCGAAAGAUUGCAACACUACCCAAAGCUGGAUUAUUUUAAAUCGGAAGACAUUGGAUCUCUGCAGGAAAACAAUUCCGGAGUGACCAACAAAAUGGUCAAACGGUACGUAAAAAUACCAGGACAAUUGAUGGGUACUGACGGAACAGAAUCACCCAUUCUAGCUGAACCUGAUGCAGAUGGACAUGACAAACCCAGAGUUAUAUAUGGCGAGUUAGUUAUUUUAGGAUACAAUGGAUACCUACCACAAGGUGAUCGAGGACGAAGACGUUCAAAAUUUAUAUUAUACAAACGCACAGAAGCCAAUGGUGUUAAACGAUCUAAACACUACAUAGUCCAAUCGCCACAAACGUCAAAAGCCAUCCUGGAUGCAAAUCAACAUUCGAUAUCGUAUACGUUAUCACGAAAUCAGGCUGUUAUUGUAGAAUAUAAAGAAGACUCCGAAACGGAUAUGUUUCAGGUUGGUCGCUCAUCAGAAUCCCCUAUCGAUUUUGUCGUUAUGGAUACCCUGCCCGGUGAUAAAAAAGAUGCUAAAGUAAUGCAAAGUACAAUUUCACGUUUUGCAUGCAGAAUUCUUGUCAACAGAUGUGAAGCAUCAAAAGCGCGAAUAUUUGCAGCUGGCUUUGAUUCUAGUAGAAAUAUAUUUUUGGGUGAAAAAGCAACCAAAUGGCAGGAUAACGUUGAAAUUGAUGGCCUCACAACAAACGGUGUCCUCAUAAUGCAUCCGAAAGGUCAGUUCUGUGGUGGCAAUGCUAAAUGCGGUCUAUGGCGAGAAUGUUCAGUUGGCGGUGAUGUAUUUAGCCUAAGAGAAUCUAGGUCUGCCCAACAAAAAGGACAACCGAUCUACGAAGAAUCAAAUGUCCUGCAAGACGGCACACUUAUCGAUUUAUGCGGUGCUACACUACUUUGGAGGUCAGCCGAUGGUCUGCAGCAUUCACCGACAAAAAGAGAUCUAGAAAAGCUAAUCGAUGAAAUCAAUGCCGGACGACCACAAUGUCCAGUUGGUUUAAACACUUUAGUUAUUCCUAGAAAAGUGAAUUUAGGAGAACAGUGUAACCAGCCUUAUGUUUAUCUAAAUUGUGGUCAUGUUCAAGGUCAACAUGAAUGGGGACAAGAUAAAUCAACUGGAGCAAGAAGGUGUCCCAUGUGCUUAGAGUUAGGACCUGUAGUUACGUUAUGUAUGGGCUUGGAACCGGCAUUUUAUGUGGAUUCUGGACCACCAACAUAUGCGUUUAAUCCAUGUGGUCAUAUGGCUACAGAAAAAACAGUCAAAUACUGGGCAAACGUAGAUAUACCACAUGGAACAAAUGGCUUUCAAGCAGUAUGUCCAUUCUGCGCGACGCCUCUUGAUGGUUCACCUGGUUAUAUUAAAUUAAUUUUCCAGGAUAACUUAGACUAAAUUAAAUAAAAUUACCUAUUUAAAUAAUGUAUCUUAAACAAAAACAAAAAAAAAAAAACAA